AUGUCCGAUAAGGUCAAAGAUGCUGUGGUCGCUGAAGCCAAGACUACUCGAGCACUUGCUCAGGAGAUAGUUAUGUCCGGCGCAUACCUAUACCCGUUUAAGGGAAUCUUCUUCUUCGCGACCCACAAAGACCUAUGGCGCCCUUUUAUCGCACGCGCCGGGAGGACGAUCACCCUCGGAGUGGGAGUCACAACAGCAAUGUUUUUCUUCACAUACGUGCCACAGAUGGCCAUCAUGGCGUUUACCAGCGGCCCGCUAGCCGCGAUUUCGGCGGCCAUAUUAGUUCUCAGCGAAAGCUCCGCCAUCACCAAUGUCCUGUCGCGAUCAUUCCUUGUCGAAGACGCUCUGAUUGACACCUUUGACGGAACCCUCGUCGCCCGUGAUCAAGAGCCACUUGUCGCCCAAGGCCGCGAGAUCAAAUCACGAUCAGGUGGAGAUGCGAUGGCCAGACUUGGGAAGAUCUUUACUCGACCUCUCGCUAGGCUGCAUCCGCGAGCGCUGCUGCGAGCCCUGAUCAUCCUACCCCUGAACCUCAUUCCGGUGGUUGGAACCGCAUUGUAUGUCUUUGUGCAAGGGAAGAGAGCGGGGCCUGGUUUCCACGCAAGAUAUUUCCAACUUAAGGGAUGGAACUCCACGCAGCGCGAGGAGUGGAUUGCUACUAACCGGGCUGCUUAUACUGGACUUGGUAUGGCUGCCUUUCUCCUGGAAAUGGUGCCAUUUGCUUCAAUGGUCUUUUCAUUUACCAACACCGUCGGCGCGGCAAUGUGGGCUGCCGAUUUGGAGAAAGCAACAAAAUAG